AUGUCAGAUAGCAGGCAACGUCUUUCGGGUUGUGAAUAUAAAAAAAGGAAAGCUGAAAAGGAAGCAAACAUAAAAAAACAAGCAGGAUCAUUAAAAAAAUUUUUCCAAAAGUCUACUGUUCUACAUGAAUCUAUAUCUGCGAAUUCUGUUAUUCUAACUUCUGACCAAGUUGAUGAAAAUCCGAUAGAAACCGACAUUGCCUUUACUAAAACGUUAACCACAUUAAACGAUUCUUCAAACCAUUUAAUUUCAUCUGAAUCUAAAGAACUAACGUUAAUUAUAGGCACUGAUCCUGCAACUUGGCCAUUUUUUUUAAGCGAUAAGUUAAAAACAACAAUCGUUGAAAAAGGUCCUCCUUCACCCAUUCUCAAAACUUUCGUAUUUCCUUUGGAUGACAAUAAUCGUAGAUUUACAGUUUUUAAUUAUCAACGUUGCCUGAGUAACGAAGAAAAUGUUCUAAGAACAUGGCUUGUCUAUUCCUUAUCCAAGAAAGUUAUUUUUUGCUAUUUCUGUAAACUGUUUUCAAUUUCAAAAACUAAACUAGGAACAGAUGGAUAUAACGACUGGCGACACGUUUCUAUUAUUUUAAAAGAACACGAGACAUCAAAUUCCCAACUUAGAGCACAUCAAACUUGGAUAGAAUUUUCUUCAAGAUUAAAAGAUAAAAAAACGAUUGAUGACUCUAAUCAACGCAUAUUUGAAUCGGAAAAAAAAUACUGGAAUGCAGUUUUACAGAGAAUCGUGUCAGUAAUACAGCUUUUAGGUCAACAAAAUUUAGCAUUUCGGGGUUCAUCAGAUCAACUUUACAAACAAAACAACGGCAAUUUUUUAAAAAUUAUAGAGCUUAUGGCGUUAUAUGAUCCUAUAAUGUCCGAACAUGUUAGACGAACAAUGAAUACUAAAAAUAAAACUCAUUAUUUGGGAAAAGACAUACAAAAUGAAAUCAUAAGUUUAAUAUCCGGUGCUAUUAAGACACGCAUACUUAAUAUGGUUAAGGAAGCGAAAUAUUUCAGUAUAAUUUUGGACUGUACUCCUGAUUUAAGCCACGUUGAACAAAUGACCAUUAUUAUUCGUUUUGUAUUUGUUGAAUCGUCAAAAAAAGAGUCAAAUGUUACAAUUUGUGAACAUUUUCUCGGUUUUAUUCCAAUAGAAACUAGUACUGGAAUGGGCCUUUCUGAUAUUAUUAUACAGCAGUUGAAGGACUUGGGAAUUCAAAUUGAAAAUAUGAGGGGCCAGGGAUAUGACAAUGGAGCGAAUAUGAAAGGCAAACAUUCUGGUGUACAACGAAGAAUUCGCAAUAUUAAUCCUCGCGCUUUCUUCGUUCCUUGUUGUGCAAAUUCUUUAAAUCUUGUUGUAAAUGAUACAGUUAAGUCAUCAAAAGAGGCGAUUGAGUUUUUCGAUAUUAUUCAAAAAGAUUACGUUUUUUUUUUCGGCAUCUACACACCAUUGGCAAAUUCUUUUAAGACAUAUUACAAAUUUAACGGUAAAGCCAUUAAGUCAGACAAGAUAGGAAAGUAG